AUGUCUUUGGAAGACAUAGAACUCAGAGAAGAGCUCAACAGCGAGGAAAAAACGGUCAAGCCAGUCAAAAGGCUGUUGACACCAUUAUUAUCCAAGAAGGUGCCACCUACUCGUGAAGAAUCAGAGCGUCAGACGUUACCGCUAUAUACAAAGAACAUCUUAUCCAGAAUAUUCUUCACUUGGUUGAUCCCGUUGUUUGCAAGAGGUUACAAAAGAACUUUGGACUACAACGAUUUGUGGAAGUUGGACAACAGACUAUCUCUUCAAACAACUUAUCCAAGAUUCCAAAACAAUUUAAACAAGAUCACAAAGUCAUAUCAAAACAAAAACAAAGAUUCUACUUUCCCAGAUCAUGCUAUUCUAUAUGCUUUAUUCUUAACCUUCAAAGGAGAAUAUUCUUUUGCAAUCCUUGCCAGUACUUUAGCUUAUGGUUUUGUCAUCGUGUCACCAAUCUUGGUCAAAAAGCUGAUUGAGGUUGUUGAGAACAAGGUAUUGAUACCAAGCUCCCCUAUUAACGAUGGUAUUGGUUAUGCUCUUGGUAUUGCUUUGUGUACUGCAUUUGCUGGGUUAUUCCACAAUCAUUGUUUCCAAAAUUCAAAGUUAGUCGCCACACACGCCAGAUCCAUAAUCACAAGAUCAUUAAUGGAAAAGUCAUUAACUGUCAAUUCUAAAACAAAACAUGAUUUCAAUGAUAGUAAAAUUUUCACAUUGAUGAGCAGUGAUUUAUCCAAAAUUGAUAUGGCCAUUAGUUAUUUUCCCAUUGUUAUUUCAACUCCACUACCAUUUAUCGCAGGUAUCGUGAUUUUAAUGGCCAAUAUUGGUGUUGCAGGUUUGACAGGUAUUGCCAUCUUUCUGUUAUGUCUUGGUUUAAUUUCUAUACCAGCAUCAUAUUUGAUGAGAUUUAGAGCAAAAUCUGCCGAGUACACAGACAAAAGAGUUGGAUUAAUCAGAGAAGUCUUGAAUGCAAUGAAAAUGAUCAAAUUGUACGCAUGGGAAAAUGCUUAUGAGGAAAGGAUAAUUGAAGAGAGAACAAAAGAAUCAUAUUACAUCUUUUUAUGUGAAUGGAUUACCAAUGUGGUUUAUGCUGUUGUUUUCAACCUCUCACCUAUAGCUUCAAUGACUGCAUUUUUGGUCUUGCAUGCUAUUGAUAAAAAUAGGUCAUCUGCUGGUUCUGUUUUUGCUUCAUUAGCUUUGUACAAUACUUUAACAAAUUUAGUUGCAGACUUUCUCCUAUGCUUCUAUCUAUCUGUACAACUGGAUGGUGAUGGUACAAUUGCAAUCAAAGUGAAGGAUGGAAAAUUUGAAUGGGAGAAUUUCGAAGAUGAUGAAGAGAAGUCUGGAUUUACACUGGAAAAUGUUAACAUCGAAAUACCUAAGGGCUCAUUUGUUGUUGUUACUGGCUCCACUGGUGCCGGGAAAUCUUCAUUAUUAAGUGCUAUCAAAGGUAGUAUGAAAAGACUUGAAGGUAAUAUUUCUAUUGAUGGGACCUCAAUUCUUUGUGGAUCACCAUGGAUUCAAAGCACUACAAUCAGAGAAAACAUUCUAUUUGGUUCCAAGUUUGAUCCUGCUCUUUACCGCGAAACCAUUAAAGCCUGUUCGUUGGAGAUUGACAUCAAAAACUUACCAGCAGGUGAUAUGACAAGUAUUGGUGAAAGAGGUGUUACAUUAUCCGGUGGUCAAAAGGCAAGAAUUAACUUAGCAAGAGCCAUCUAUUCUCAAAGGGAUAUUUAUUUAUUCGAUGAUGUCUUGAGUGCGGUAGAUGCUAAGGUUGGUAAACAUAUUGUUGAAAAUUGUUUAUUAGGAUUAAUUAGUGACAAGACUAGAGUUUUGGCAACUCAUCAAUUGUCUUUAAUUUCAAAAGCUGAUCAAAUAAUCUUUAUUGAUGAUGAUGGAAAGAUAGAUAUGGGGACACCAGAAAAGCUUCAAUAUCAAAAUACUAAAUUCCAAUCACUAAUGAAUUUCAGCAAGGCUUCUGAUGAUGAAGAGGUCCAAAAAGCUGUUAAAAAAGUUAAGCAUAAUGAAAUUGAAUUGGAUUCCUACGAUGGGGUUGACGGAGGAUUAUAUGAAAAAGAAGAUAAAGCUGUGAAUGCAAUUCCAUUUUCAAUUUACAAGCAGUAUUUACAAGCAGGAUCUGGGGUUUUUGGAAUGGCCGCUUUCCCUUUUUUGGUUUUCAUUACUGUUACAACAAUCUUUUUCACGAUGUUUGCCAAUGUUUGGUUAUCGUUCUGGAUAGAUAAGAGGUUUAACUAUUCUGAUUCCACUUAUAUGGGUAUUUAUGUCUUGUUCACAUUCUUAGCAGUGGUUUCAAUGUUCGUGGAACUUGGUAUUAUGGGAUAUUUUGUUGUCAAUGCUUCCAAAAAUUUGAACUUAAAUGCUGUUAAAAGAGUAAUGCGUACACCAAUGAGCUUUGUUGAUACUACACCAAGUGGUAGAAUUUUGAACAGAUUCACCAAAGAUACAAAUUCUUUGGAUAAUGAGAUUGGUAAUCAGUUAAAACUUUUUAUUCAUUUUUUUGUUGUGAUCAUUGGUAUUUUGGUCAUGUGUGUUGUUUAUUUACCUUGGUUUGCCAUUGCUAUCCCUUUGAUUGUGAUCAUUUUUGGACUUAUUGCAAAUAUUUAUCAGGCGUCCUCAAGGGAAGUAAAGAGAUUGGAAGCAUUGAGUAGAUCUCAUUUAUAUCAAAACUUCAAUGAAGUGUUGAGUGGUAUGAGUACCAUUAAAGCUUAUAAUUCAGAACACAGAUUCAUUGAAAAAAACAAUGAGUUGACUGAUAGAUUGAAUGAAUCUUAUUUAGUCACUGUUGCAAAUCAAAGAUGGAUUGCUAUCACUUUGGACUUGAUAGGUUGUGGAAUUGCGUUUAUUGUCACCAUGCUAGCAUUGACUAGACAGUUUAACAUUAGUGCUGCCUCAACUGGUUUGGUUACUACAUAUAUUCUUGAUUUAUCUGGUACUUUGACCAUGUGGCUGGUAUCCUACUCAGAAGUUGAAAAUGAGAUGAACUCUGUUGAAAGAUUAUGUCGUUAUGCUAAUGACCUAGAACAAGAAUCUGCUCACAAAAUACCUGGAAGAGCUCCUUCUCCAGAAUGGCCUCAAAAUGGUGCUGUGAACUUCAAUCACGUCUCAUUAAGGUACCGUCCAGGUUUGCCAUUGGUUUUAAAAGAUUUAGACAUUAAAGUUGAAGCUAAUCAAAAAAUUGGUAUUUGUGGUAGAACCGGUGCUGGUAAAUCUUCAAUCAUCUAUGCAAUUUACAGGCUUGCAGAAUUAGCUGAGGGUACUAUAGAAAUAGAUGGAGUUGAUGUUAAAAAUAUUGGUUUACAUGAUUUGAGGUCUAAGUUAUCAAUCAUUCCACAAGACCCAGUAUUAUUCAAGGGCACCAUCAGAAGGAACUUGGACCCUUUCAAUGAACAUGAAGAUUUAGAGUUAUGGGACGCGUUGAGAAGAAGUGGCUUAAUUGAUGCUGAUAAUCUGGAAGGUAUUAAAAAUGACUCAAGAAAUAAGUUCAAUUUAGAAGCUCUUGUUGAAGAUGAAGGAGCUAAUUUCUCAUUAGGUGAACGUCAAUUAUUGGCGCUAGCUAGAGCUCUGGUUCGUCGUUCCAAGAUCUUGAUUAUGGAUGAAGCGACUUCAAGCGUUGAUUAUGAGACAGAUGCUUUAGUUCAAAGAACUAUUUCAAGAGAAUUUAAGGGUUGUACUGUACUAUGUAUUGCUCAUAGAUUGAAAACAAUUUUAAAUUAUGACAAGAUUUUAGUGUUGGAGAAGGGUGAAAUUGAACAAUUUGAUGCACCAAUCAGCUUAUUCCAACAAUCUGGAAGAUUUAGAGAAAUGUGUGAUAGUUCAAGCAUCACUAUUGAUGACUUUAAUUAG